CGCAAUUGACGGAAACGAUCCAUCUGGAGGUGGUUAGAUUUUCAUGAUAUCACAAUGUUUUUUCAUAAAUUUUGUUAUAUAUAAUGUUCCAUUGGCUAUGUUUAAUUUUAAAAAUGUUCCGGAAAUAAUUUUAGCAUAUAAGGCUGGCACGCUACAAUCAUACCGGGGCACCUUUGUCGAUGUUUAUCGGGAGAAAACAUCGCGAGCAGAGAAAAUGGCAUCGAAGAUAUUCAAGCUUUUGUUGAUUAUACAUAUUGUGGUGCUUUGUGUCUGUGCUAAGAGUAUCGAAAACUCCAAAGGAACGGAUAAGGAGGCAGAAAAUCCAAAGUUGGUGUCAAACAACCUCAAAGAUUCCGAAAAAAUUCUAUGGCCAUUAUUUGGGAUUCAAAAAUCCGAAGUUGGUGUCAAACAACCUCAAAGAUUCCGAAAAAAUUCUAUGGCCAUUAUUUGGGAUUCAAAAAUCCAAAGUUGGUGUCAAACAACCUCAAAGAUUCCGAAAAAAUUCUAUGGCCAUUAUUUGGGAUUCAAAAAUCCGAAGUUGGUGUCAAACAACCUCAAAGAUUCCGAAAAAAUUCUAUGGCCAUUAAUUUGGGAUUCAAAAAAUCCGAAGUCGGUGUCAAACAACCUCAAAGAUUCCGAAAUGAUUUGAUAUAGUUUAAAUUCAAACUAUUCCGAGGACCUGAUGUACAUGCAACUAUGGAUAACCCCUGAUUCAGUUAACUGCCAAUUUAAUCACAGACAUUCAAAAAGAUUUGAUUCUAUAAUAUUUUUGAUCAAUUAUAUUCGUGUAUUCAGAGGCUUAAAUAUAUAUCCCAGAAUAAUAUACAAUGCAUCGAA